GUGAAGGAAGGGGUGGCGGGAGGAAGAAAGAGUCUAUGUGAAUGACGGCCUGUCAGUCAGUUCUAUAAACCAUGAGCAGCCACUGCCUGCACACAAUAUUCUACCUGUCAACUUUACCCAAAAAUAGAAAUGAUCUCACAGCGCCGCCUCGAGCAAGGUUCUUGUUUGAUAUCCCCAGGCCAUAUCUGGUCCCGUUUCACUUUGAUUCCCCUGUCCAACAAGUCAGCCUUCGCCCCUGACGGUGGUUGAUUGUUGUGUCCUUUCUUUUCCAUUUCUUGUUUUCACUCAGUUUAAACUUGAUCGCCAUGGCAAACAGAGAGGCCAUUCAGAGUUUUGUUCUCUUCAACUCAGAGUCUACAGGACUACCUCAAACUCGACCGAGGAUCAUUGAGCUGAGUUUCAUUGCUGUGACAAGAGAUGCACUUCUGAACUUGGGCGCUAGAUCUACACCUCGCGUGCUGAAUAAACUCACUCUGUGUUUCAAUCCGAAGAAGGACAUUGAAGAAGAAGCGGCUGGUGUGAAUGGUUUCACAGUUUUCACUUUCGGUUGCUGUUGGCUGAGCUGAAGAGAGCCCGUCAAGAUAUUCCUGAGCAUAUCCUGCGUGUUGACAGCCACAUGGCUUUGCGCGCGCUAGAGAAACUCAAGCCUCUGUCUGAAUACACAGGUAGGAACACAUCAGAUGAAUCUGUAAGUAGAAGGAGGAGAGAGGGGUUAAGCCUUUCCGAUGUCAAGGAUGAACCCUUGGACGGAAGGAUGAGAGAGGGGUUAAGCCUUUCCGAUGUUAAGGAUGAACCCUUGGACGGAAGGAUGAGAGAGGGGUUAAGCCUUUCCGAUGUCAAGGAUAAACCCUUGGACGGCUCGGGAGCGGAAAACAAGUCCAGUGGGAAGUUGUCAUACAAACUCACUGCCGUUCAUUCCCGAAUGUUUGGGCCAGAGGGCGAAGAGUGUCACACGGCGGAGAACAGGUGCAAGACCUUGCU